GCUUUAAAUAAUUCUAUGUGAAUCAUGUUCGAAUCUUUGAUUCGAAUCCCCAAAGUUUAAACAUGAUUUAAACCAAAGAGCUGAUUCUUACAUAGUGGUGGAGAAUAAUUCGGGCAAGCAGAUCUAACUUUUAAAGCACAACACCCAGAAAUCACGUUGUUAAUCUUUUCUAUUUUUGUCCGGAAAGAAUAGAUUAGAAAGAACAAAAGUUUUGCUACUGCACAAUUUCAUUGUGGUACCAUUUGUUUUAUUGCUUGACUGCAUUUAGUGUUGUUAAGAAAGUAAAACUUCAUUUAAGUUGUCCGCCGAGACACACUGUAAGCCGCUCUAAAGCGCAUGUAGAGAAAGACAAAGCGUAUUCCUUUGUGCUUAUCUCAUAACGUUAUAUAAGGCCUUCACAGUAUGAUUUCGUACGCCGCGAUUCCCGGAUGGAAACUCAGCUGUGUUUUCUCCUGGUAACUGAUUUAGCAUAGCUAACUAAAUUCUUGUUGCCCUGUAAUUUGCUAAUACUUAGUAAAUUAUUUAAAACGCGGAGCUCAGAGAAAGCUGCCUAGCGUAGUUUAUAGGAGAAGUUUUGAAAUUGAUCAAUUGAAAUUGUGGUUUGAUUCCACGGAUGUGUUUGCAGUCUAAACAGACUUAACACAGAGUGCUGAGAUCCCCCAUAUCUCUGUCACGAUUUGUAUUAAUCUCAGAAAUCCUGUUGAUUAAUUUUGUCUCACUUUCAUAAGUUGAGAAUCGUUCAGUACUGUUAAGAUAUAAAAUCUAACCAGUGCUUUUUGCUUGAACAGUGUGAGAUGCGCCGCCAUCUCAAGUGAUACUGUGAAAUUUGCUAUUAUUCCACUUUGUGGUCGUUGCCAUAGCAGCAACCUUGGUCCGGAAGUACAGAGAGACUUGCCGGAAUUACAUUCAAUCGUGCAUGUGCAGCCCGCCAGCGCCAGCUUGAAUUGUAAACAAAGAGCAUAGCGUGAAGCUAAGCUAAACUAACGCUAACGCGUUUGCAUUGAAGUCUAUGCAUUUCCAGUAGCAACGAAGGCUAAUAGAUAGCACGUAGCAUAUAGUGGUCUUAAAUGCAUUGUAUGGCUGAUGUUUGAAAUAACUCUUGCAUCUCAGUUGUUUCUCUUUACUCACCUUGGAAAAGUUGACAAAUGCAAAGUUAAUAAAAGUGUGCACGAUCUAACUGCUGAGUUUAAUCACCAUCAUUUUAUUUUAUUUUUUCCUGCUGUACUUGGCCUGUUGAAUUUGAUCAGUUUGAACUCACAUAAGCUGUUGGUUUUAUUAGUGAUGAAUUAUAGUUUUGUUUUCAUUACUAUAAAUUAACGCUCUCUGACUUAUUCAAGUAUAAAUACUUUCCAUUCAUCAACAUAUAGGAACACCCAUUUCCUAUAACUGUUGAUUUAUACGGAUAAGACUCACUGAUUAAAUAAAUUGUAAUUGUUUAAUUUAAUGAUAAACUGCAUUAAAUGUUACUCUAACCAACUUCAUUGUUUUGAAAUUUUAAUUUCAUUAAUGGUUCAUUUAUGCAUGGCGUUAUCAUUUUAGCAAUAAUUAAUAAUUUAAUUUAGUCAUAAGUGUUCUUAUCAAUCUUAAUGAUAAUUUAUAAAAGUUAUUACUUCUUUACAGGUUUAAAGUUAAGAUCAAUUCAAAUUUGAAUUUAGUCUUUUCAUCUAGUGGAGCCCUCCAAUUAGCCAAACUUCAAAAGGAAAAUUCGGAUUUUUCUACUACGUAGGCUAAGUGGUUACUAUAUAACACAAUAAAACCAACACUUCUUGUAGUGUCAACUCAACAGCGCCACCGCUUUGACAUCCUUAAAUACGCCUAAUGCUAAGAGAAAACUAACUCCUUUGUUCUCUCUCUCUACUAACUAUCUUCUUUUAACUAGACUAUUGAUGCUGGUUUAAGGAUUGUGCUUGUGAGAGUCAAAAAGCAGAGAAUUUUAGAAACAUUUAAUAGAUGUUUGGGACACUUGAACACUUUUAAUUGUUAAAAUUGUCUGAUCUCACCCCUCCUUUCUCACUCAUCAGGUCACAAAGAAGAUAGGCGUCGUUAGAUCCAAUUCUAAACACGCAUCCAGAAACAAUUUAUUUGGUGUACGGAGUCAAUCCUAUUCAGAAGCCAAUACUGUUAUUGUUGUCCUACUUUCUGUCACUUCAGAAGAAAGUUAAUAGCAACUUCAGUCCUGGUAUUUAGAAAUCUUAUUUUUAUAUUUAACAAAAGCUAAAGGAACCCUCUCUCUAGGAAAGUGGAAACUACAGAUUUUCACCCUACUCCUUAGUCUCCUUAUCACUUUUGUUUUCUUUUUUCUCUCACUGUGUCUGUGCUACUGACUCUUUCCACAGAGACUACCAGUUAGACACGCGUACCCACCAGAGGGCCACAGUUCCAGAGAACCACACUUAACUCAACAUUAGUACACACUAAACAAUGCACAUUAACAUUUCUCCUUUUCUGUUUGCAUUGUUCUACCUUGUUUUUGUUUCUUUCUCCUCUCUAUCUCUCUUUAAGGUCUGUGUCAGUUAAAAUCCUAAGUCCUCCCCCCGCCGCAAAACAUGGCUCACUCCAAAGAUCCUGUCGGCCAUUGGAAGGACCUGGAAACAUGGCUGAGUGUUGUAACAGGCAGUCUCCUCCCUAAAGCUGCCGAAACACUGCAGCCCCUGACGCAAAACCAAUUGGAUGAGAACAUAGACAGCAUCAUGAAGCAAGACCCAAGUCAAAGCUUCAACCACAAGGAGCUGGCCAAAAUCACUGGUACUUUGAGUCACACACUCAUAGCCACCCUCAAAUUGAGUGACAGACACGCCUCCCAACUCCAACACAAGCUGACACGCCUGCAAGCCCGCAUCGAGCAGCUAGAGCUAGAGGCUCAGGAACGUCUGGAACAACCAAAUGAGGUGGAUGAAGGUACCACAGAGGAGAUCGACAAACUACAAGAAGCCCUAACAGCCAUCACAGAAGAAAGAGAACAAGCCAGAGCAGACCACGCUGACGUCGCUAACAAGCUAGAUUACGCUGAACAGCUACUGAAGGAAGCGAAGGUGGACUUAAGAGACAAGAAGGCCAGAAUCAAAGCCCUUGAAACUCACCUGAGCGAAGCAAGACAUGAGAUCGACAGACUAAUGCAGGAAGUGGAUGACAUCAAAGAGGAAUCCGCCAGUGAACUCAGGCAUGCCUAUGCACUGCGCUAUGAACCUCCAAAGACAAGAUGUGCACCAGCCUCGCCCCUGCCAAGCAGGACAGGAUCCCCUGUCCCUGAGCUCUCACCUAUUGAAAGAGGUGAGAAACCAUGCCGAAGAUCUUCGCCAACACCUUCUGAAGAGCCUUACCUUACCCCACAGCGACGAGAGCCUGUGAUAGCCAGUCACAGAUCGUCAUACAGUCUGGACCUUAAAGACCUUGACAAGCUGGCCAGAAACAUUGGCAAGUUUACUCCAAGUGUGUCAGGUGGUUUGGAGGUCCACGCUUAUUUGCAAGACAUUGAUUUCCACCUGGAAAUGAGACCCAAUGUUUCUGAUAAAGAAAGACUGUAUUUGCUUCGAGCCACAUCCAGCACUGAGGUGCGCAGCUUCCUGGACCGACAACCGGCUCGGGUAAAGAACGAUUACCGUUUGCUCCAAGAAGCCCUCAUCAGAGAGUUUGCAAACCCUGAAUCAGAUCAAGGACUGUUAAGUGCUCUGGAGACAAAACAAGCUCGCAAUGAGUCUCCACAUGCUUACUACAACCGACUCAGGCAAGCCUUUUUCGGAACUCACAACGAACCGAAUAUGGAAGAAGACCUGAACUUUAAGAUUCUCUUCCUGAGAAACCUCCAUCCUGCAGUAAGCCAACAUCUCGGAGUACUCGCAUGCCCACGAACAAUGAGCAUCCAGCAAUUGCGAGAUUUGACACAGAAAGCCCACGACAAACAAAAGAUGGUGUUAGAGAAAAACACUAAAACUGCAAAAGUUCUUGACUUUAACACCCAGAAUCCAGAACUGGCACUAGAGGGUGCCCAACGCCCAAACAGCAUGAGACCACUAUCCCCAGCGUGGAAUGCGUCUUCGUCCAAUAGACAACGGAACUCCUACAAUGACACAAGACCUAAACAAAGGAACAGUCACUGGGAUGGACCGCGUGGACAACGACGCUCACCUGAACACCACCGGGAAAGAAACCAAUGGGGGUCAAACAAAAGCUGGUCACCAUCCAAGGGAAGACAUCAAAACCCUGUAUCAUCAAGUCCAAGGAGUCAACGAAGGUACUCCAAACAUUUCCACCCUGACAACGCUCAGACUCAAUCCCAGCAAGAGGAAAAUACCCCACCGGGAUUUGACCCUCAAGAACUGGUGAAAUUGAUGAUGAAAGAGUUUCUCAAAUGCAUAGAGGAGGACAGGAAACGGGAAAAGGAAAAAGCAGAUUCAGCCUGACUAGUCGCCGAGCGGAGAAGCAACAAUCACCUGAACCAACAAACACUUGCAGAUGAAAGCCCUCAGGUUUCCAAAAGUGCCGUUCGGGUCGUCUGCCACUCCUCCGACAAACCUCAGUUCAGUCCUGAAACCCUUCCUGACCCAUGCCAAACUCCGGUACCUCCAUUACUGGAGGAACAUUUGACAGCUCCAUCAUCAUUGAAAAACAAAUGGGGGAGGACCACAACUUGACACAGAUCAACUGUUCUACCCUCUACAUACUAACAUAACCUUUGACAUUCUAGGGAAACACCUAGUUAAACACAACACUAAUACUUUCUCCUCUACAGCACUGCUAGAACAACUUCUAGUAGAGAGGAUCCACUCCACAUUUGCAACACUGUUUUGCUGGUUUUUAACGUACCUUGUUUUGUUGCAUCACUGUGCCCCUUCAUUUCCUUUCUCUCUCUCUCCCUAACUAAUUUGCAGUUCCAGUCCCCUCUACAGGGAACUCCUGCAAAUUCAUGCAUAGGGCCUAAAAGUAGGAUUGACUCCUUCUCCCAAAUUAGUGUCAAUUGCUGCAGAAUUAUUGCUUAUUUAAGUUGAAGCUAGCGCCACUCCAUACUUGCAAUGAAGUAAACUAGCUAAAUAACUAAAUUUGAAUUAUUUCAGGCAAUGUUACACUACACCUUGUGUUCCUAACACGAACAAUUUAAGCUAAAACCUGCACCAGAACUCAGUCUAUGGAAUGGAAAUGUGGUUUGUGUCUUGUGUGUCUGUUCUCUCUCUACCUAUGCCUCUUGUUCCAGUGUCUGCCGAUGUUCAUGCCAGGAACAUCACCAUCCAAAUGGGGGAUGUAGUGAGUCAACGGAUCGUUCCAGAACCGAACAAGCCACAGACCAUGUUAUCCUUAAAAGAUUGGUUGGUGCCUACGAGUCUGAGAUUGAUUUCAUUUUCAAAGCAAUCCACAGGCACCCAGCAAAAGGCAAAUCCACAGGAUACCUAGCCAGUCAACAUCACAGUUGCGUGUUAAUUAACUUUACACCCUAAAACAAUAAGAGGCUCUACAAUCAAAAACCCACCAAACCGGUUUUUGAGAAGUACCUUUUGGUUCGCUUGUCCUUUGG